UUGAAGAAAUACUUAAUUUCUUAUUUUUUACGAAAAUGUUUUUUGUUAAAAUUACGGUUGUAUCUUUGAUACUUGGCGUUUCUUUUGCGCAAGUUCGGGUACCAGGGUCUUGUCCUAAUGUCACUGGAACAAAUCAUAAUGGCUACAAAGGUUCCGGAUUAUGGUUUGAGUACGCAAGUACCCAAGAUAAAUUUAAAAAUACUGCGAGGUGCAUACAGUAUCACAUGCAUCCGCCAAUAAAUGGUUUAAUAACCGCACAUGUUUCGGUAAUUUCUAAAAAUACCGGUGUUUUUUUGGAAGUCGAAGUCGAAGUGACUUUGACCAAACCGAAUAAUCAGAUGCAUGCAACUAUCCGCGACCCAAUUUUUGGAUUGCUACCUAAUAAGUACUUUUAUAUAGAAGAGGUCUAUGAUAAUUAUCUAAUAACUUUGAACUGCGAUAAUUACGGAUCUUACAAUGAGCAAGUUAUAACUAUCUAUACUCGCCAAGCAAAACCAACGACAGAUGUGAUUCGAAGAGCACAACAAUUAGCCUUGAGAAUGGGUCUCGCACAAGGCAAAUUUAUUAUAUAUGAUAAUAAUUGUAACUGAGAUGUUAAUAAAGAAUUUAUUUUAAAUUCUAUAACAUUUGAUGUACUGUCAUUGAUAAUAAAUACAAUGAAU